AUGCGGCCGAUAGCGGCAGAAGAAGUCCUGGAAGCCUGGGAGAGGCUCGCGCUGGGGCUCACUGCGUCGGGCAGCCCGCAAGUGGAAGAAGACUACUGGAAUUUCACGGCCGGGAACGUCAUGUCCCAGAAGAAACAAAAAAAGCGACUGCAGAAGGACGCCGUGGUGGGCGCCGCGAUGACGGAUGCGGAGCGAGAGCAGCUGGCGAGGGCCAAAACUCGCUCCCUCGAGCACGAAGACGACCCACAAUGGACAGCUGGGUCCUCGAGCUCCGACAUCCGCAGGUCUCACAGCAAGAGCAACAAUCGGCACCAUGUCGUGAGGCACAGCAUGGACAACCUUAUCGCUCCCGGGCCAGAGGAGACGUCUGAGGAGAUGGACCGACCGUUCCUACAACGCAUGGAGGCAUUUUUGCAGUCCCCACGUUUUGAGAUGCUGAUCACUUGCCUCCUCUGCUUCAACGUCUUGUGGAUGGCCUUCGAGCUGCAGGUGGAGGGUUCCAUCGUCGGCACGGAGCUGGGCUUGUACCCCCCGGCAGAUGAAGAAUGGUUUCCGACUCGUGCCAUCUACUUCCGCGUCGGCGAUGUCUGCUUCACAUCCUUGUUUUGCUUGGAUGUGGUGGUUCGCGUGAGCAUCAUGAGGGCCAAGUUCUUCAAGAUCUGCAUGAACUAUUUGGAUACCGCGGUGUCCUUUGCCUCGCUAACGGAGUUGGUCGCGAUCGCCUUCGUGCUUCCGGUGAAUCCACUUCUCUUCCGCUUGAUUCGCCUCGGUAAGCUCGCAAGGGCGCUUCGAAUGGUGACGAUUUCCCAGGUCCUCUCGUCCCUGCAGCUCCUAACGAAGUGCUUGGCUGCGAGCAUCGACAUGCUUUUCUGGACCUUUUGCUUGCUGACGUUCUUGCAGUGCGUGGCAGGAAUGGUCAUCAGCACCCUCUGCCGUGAGUUCCUCAACGACCCCGCGAACGACUUGGCCGUCCGUCAGGAGGUUUUCCAGUAUUAUGGCACCUUCACACGAUGUUUCCUCACGAUGUUUGAGAUUUUAUUUGCCAACUGGAGUCCGCCUUGUCGCGUGCUCGUCGAGAAUGUGAGCGAGUGGCUUUCGAUUUUUUUCCUGAUCUACCGGUGCGUCCUGGGUUUUGCUGUCCUGAAUGUGGUCAAUUCCGUCUUUGUUCAGCAAACUAUGCGGACGGCAAGCUCCGACGAGGAGCUUGCAUUCAAGCAGAAGGAAAAGGACAUCGCUCAGUACGCCCGCAAAGUCGCCAAGCUCUUUGAACAGAUGGACGAUUCCGGUGACGGCUCGAUCAACUUCGAGGAGUUCUCCAAGCUCGUCACCUCUCCGAAGCUCAAGUUCUGGAUGAGCCAGCUGGAGCUGGAGUACCAUGAUCUGCUGAGUCUCUUCGAGUUCCUUGAUAAUGGAGAUGGCCAGAUCACCUUACAAGAGUUCAUCGAAGGGGCUGCCCGGCUACGUGGCAGCGCAAAAGCCCUGGACGUAUGGAGACUGGAGACCAAGGUGGAAGUGCUCUUCGACGAGAUGCUGCAGAAGAUCCGACGGGAGUCCUUCACGGAAGACACCGUGAACGUGCAGAAUGUCUUUGAGAAGUCACAGUUUAAGCAUAUCCGAAGGACCUGGCAGUACGGCUCCUCGCCGCAGGAUGCUCCAAGCCCUGCCUACGCCGGCUCGCCGGUGCUGGGAGGGGGGAGUAAGACGGGCAGCCAAGGCAAGCUGACAGGCUCGCCAGUGAUGGGAGAGGGGAGCAAGACGGGCAGCCAAGGCAGACUUACUGUCGACUGA